UGUACUUAGCAGCAUAAUAGUCUAGAAACAGUAGAACAUGUAAACAUUAAUUGUCCUAGUUUCCAACAGGAAAGCACGAUUCCAAGAGGUUGAUUAAGUAAAGUACAUGUAGUAGCUAGUUGUAGUAAGUCGUACUGACCAACACUUAAGAAGGUGGCGGUAAUGCACAACAAAGUUUCUUGCCAACCACCAUCAAACGUCUGAAGAAAAGAGGAAGCAUUUGUGCUUAACUUCAGCAAUACGGAGUUUCCGAGUUUCUCUGUGAGUCCUGCUCUUUCCGUCACGUAACGCAUCAGAUACAACCGGAGUGAACCACCAGAGUCUGUAUGUAUUGAUAGACUUGUUUAAGUGGACGUUGUGUACAUUUUGAGGACGUUUUACCGCAGACUCAUCUCCGUCAGCCAAAAAUGCUAAUUGAAGUUAGCGUAGCCUGCUAGCUGGAAAUGGAAGGAGACGGAACUCGGCCACACAGCGCUGGUGGGUGAGACCAAACUGUAAUUUUCAUGGACCCACAUUGUCUAGAUAGACCUGUCUGAAUGGACUCUGUGCUGUUACCUUUAUUUUGAAAACGUCUGAAUUAUCUCCUGGUGUCCUCAGAAACUAGCAAAUAAAGUUAGUUUGUCAAUUGACGCAAGUAGACGGAUCCAUACGUAACUUAGCAACACAGCGCACGUCAGAGUGAGCAAACAGUUUUUUAACGAGUGUGUCUGGAGGAGAAGUUGCUGUGAUUAAGUUAAAAUGUCUAAAGUGCAAAUGCUGAGAGCUUUUGUCAACCAGCGACUAACUGCGGCUGCUGAAGAGAUAUUUGAGCUGUUUGUAACAACGAUAGCAGAGUACGAGGAGGAACUCGGUCGUUCAAAAGAGGAGAACGAGCAACAACGGAAACUCCUGGACGCCGUUUGCAACCCUGAAGUCCGGUUACACAGAGCAGACGCCCAGCAACUGUUGGUGGUUAAAAAAGAGAUUAAGCAGGAGGACACAAAGCCUCCACGCAUUUCCUUAUCCUCCUCAGACGCCCAGCAACUGUUGGUGGUUAAAAAAGAGAUUAAGCAGGAGGACACAAAGCCCCCACACAUUAAAGAGGAACAGGAGGAACUCUGGAUCAGUCAGGAGGGAGAGCAGCUUCAAGGGCUGGAGGAGGCUGAUAUCAAGUUCCCGUUCACUUCUGUCCCUGUGAAGAGUGAAGAAGAUGAAGAGAAAGCUCAGUCCUCACAGCUUCAUGAAAGCCAAACUGAGGCGAACAGAGAGGCAGAGAGAACAGGAGCUGAUGGAGAGGACUGUGGAGGACCAGAACCAGCCAGGAACUCAGAUCCAGAUAGUCCUUUACAACCAGCUACUCAUGAGAAGACUUCAGACUCCUCUGAACCUGAGACUGAUGCCAGCGGUGACUGGGAGGAGACUGAGGAACCUCAGUCAGGUUUAAACUCUCUGCAAAACAAUGAAGAACCUGGAAGUGAUGUGGAACCUCUGCAGAAACGCACUGGAGUCCCAAAAAAAGUGAAAACAUUUUGUUGCUCACUUUGUGGUAAAAGAUUCUCUCGGAAGUACUCCUUAACCACUCACAUGAGACUUCAUUCAGAAGGAAAACACUUGACCUGCUCAGUUUGUAAAGCAAUUUUCUCUCACAGCAGCACUUUGGCUGUGCACAUGAGAACCCACACCGGGGAGAAACCAUUCAGUUGUUCAGUUUGUAGUAAAAGAUUUGCACAAUUGCCAACUCUGAAGCAACACUUGACUGUCCACACCGGGGAGAAACCAUUUAGUUGUUCAGUUUGUAGAAAAACAUUUUCACGGCAUAGCAAUCUGACACGGCACUUGACUGUCCACUCCGCAGAGAAACAAUUUAGUUGUUCUGUUUGUGAUAAAAGAUUUACAGACUAUAGUAAUCUGAAACGUCACUUGACUAAACACACUGGGGAGAAAUCAUUUAGUUGUUCAGUUUGUAGAAAAAAAUUUGCACGCCAUAGCAAUCUGACACGGCACUUGACUGUCCACACCGGGGAGAAAUCAUUUAGUUGUUCAGUUUGUGAUAAAAGAUUUACAGACUAUAGUAAUCUGAAACAGCACUUGACUGUCCACACCGGGGAGAAACCGUUUAGUUGUUCAGUUUGUACCAAAGUAUUUGCACACCACAGUAAUCUGAAACAGCACUUGACUGUCCACACUGGGGAGAAAUCAUUCAGUUGUUCAGUUUGUAGACAAAAAUUUUCACGCCAUAGCAAUCUGACACGACACUUGACUGUCCACUCCGGAGAGUAACAAUUUAGUUGCAGCAUUUGCGAUAAAAGACUCAAUCGGCAGGAUGGCGUCAAAAGUCAGAAGUGUGUUGGUGAGAGCAGCGGAAAUGCAUGAAGCUGCACAGAUGCUUGCUGAGCCAAUUUUCUUCCAGCAGACUGUAAGGCUGCUCGAUUAUGGAAAAAAAUCAUAAUCAUGAUUAUUUAACACGAUUCCUCAUUGUCUUAGGCAAGAUGUUUCAAUUAUUGAAGUUACAAAACCAGUUGAAAACAACAGUGAAAACACCUUGAACUGUGAAAUUUCCCGU